GCAUGUGCAACGCGAGGUAGGGGGGCGGGUGUUGGGAGUGUCAGGUCAGCGCGUGCGCAGUGGUGCGGCUGGGGGUGGGCCUGGCACGGGAAGCCGCUGGGAGUGGGAGCGCGAGGCAGGUGAGGUUGAUCCCCCGCCCCCAGCUGCUGCUUCCAGAGCCCCCGGCCAGCGGCGUCAUGUCGGGGCCGGGGAGCAAGCGGGCGGCUGGGGAUGGGGGCUCAGGGCCCCCUGAGAAGAAAGCCAACCGGGAGGAGAAGACGACCACCACCUUGAUCGAACCCAUCCGCCUGGGGGGCAUCUCCUCCACGGAGGAGAUGGACCUGAAGGUGCUGCAGUUCAAGAACAAGAAGCUGGCGGAGCGGCUGGAGCAGCGCCAGGCCUUUGAGGACGAGCUGCGUGAGCGCAUCGAGAAGCUGGAGAAGCGCCAGGCCACAGACGAUGCUACCCUGCUCAUUGUCAACCGUUACUGGAGCCAGCUGGAUGAAAAUGUGCAGGUCCUGCUGAGAGGCUAUGAUGGGGACUGUGAGCCCCCACCCCCCGCAGCCCCUGCUGUCCCCUCUGCAGAGGAACCCAGGCCAGAGCCAACAGGACCGGACCCUGAGAACACAGCCAGCCCUAGUACCGAGGGCCCAGAUAGGACAGAAACAGCUCUACCUGUUGCAGCCCCGUCUACCCCCUGGAAGGCCGGGGGGCUCCUGCUGAAUGAGCCAGCCCUGUCAUUCCUGGCCACCCUGGCCAGCAGCAGCAGCGAGGAGAUCGAACUGCAGCUGCAGGAACGCAUGGAGUUCUCCAAGGCCGCCGUGUCCCGUGUGGUCGAAGUCUCCAACAAGAUCCACCGGCGCACGGAGGAGCUGUGCCAGAAGAUCCAUGCCCGGGCUGACUUGGACCAGCUGGAUGAGGCGCUGAAGUCCUUGAACAAAGAGCUGAUGAGAGAGAAUCAGCGGCUGCAGGACUUGGCGAUGCAGCUGCAGGAGAAACACCACAAGAUCUCGCUGGAGUACACAGAACUGCAGGACAAGGUGACAUCGUCUGAGACCAAGGUGCUGGAGAUGGAAACGACGGUGGAGGAUCUGCAGUGGGACAUCGAGAAGCUGCGCAAGCGUGAGCAGAAGCUCAACAAACACCUAGCUGAGGCGCUGGAGCAGCUGAACUCUGGUUACUACGUGUCAGGCAGUUCCGGGGGCUUCCAGGGCGGGCAGAUCACGCUCAGUAUGCAGAAGUUUGAGAUGCUGAACGCGGAGCUGGAGGAGAACCAGGAGCUGGCCAACAGCCGCAUGGCCGAGCUGGAGAAGCUGCAGCAGGAGCUGCAACAGGCUGUCAGGACCAAUGAGAAGCUCAAGGUGGCGCUGCGGUCGCUGCCCGAGGAGGCGGUGAAGGAGACCCUGGACUACAAGGUGCUGCAGUCCCAGUUCUCGCUGCUCUACAACGAGAGCCUGCAGGUGAAGACCCAGCUGGACGAGGCGCGCGCCCUGCUGCUCACCACCAAGAACAGCCACCUGCGCCACAUUGAGCACAUGGAGAGCGACGAGCUGAACCUGCAGAAGAAGCUGCGCACGGAGGUGAUCCAGCUGGAGGACACGCUGGCCCAGGUGCGCAAGGAAUACGAGAUGCUGCGCAUCGAGUUCGAGCAGAACCUGGCCGCCAAUGAGCAAGCGGGUCCCAUUAACAGGGAGAUGCGCCACCUGAUUAGCAGCCUCCAGAACCACAACCAUCAGCUGAAAGGAGACGUGCAGCGAUACAAGCGCAAGCUGCGUGAGGUGCAGGCUGAGAUCAACAAGAUCCGAAUGCAGUCAAGUGGCUUCCCCUGCGGCUCAGCUGUGCUGCCCCCCGCACCUGGGCCGGAGGAGCCGGUGGGCGUGGUCCCAGCUGUGGCGGUGAAGGAGGAAGAGGGGGGCACACCUUCCGUAGAGGUGAAGAAGGAGCCGAAGGAGGCAGUGGUGGCUGUGGUUAAGAAGGAGGAAGCAGUGCCCCUGCCUGAAGGGGGUGUGAAGAAGGAGGAGGAGGAGCCACUCCCACCGGCUCCCCAGCCGCCCCCCCCUCCUCGCAUCAAGGAGCCACCAGAGCGCCCCAAGGGGGGCCGUGGGGGGGACCGGGAGCGCUCGCGAGACCGUGACAGGGAUGGCUCGGCUCGUGAGCGCGACCGCCAGAAGAGCAGCGAUGACCCCAAGAAGAAGGACUCAGACCUGCUCAAGCAGCUGCGCAUUGAGCUCAAGAAGGCCCAGGAGAGCCAGAAGGAGAUGAAGCUGCUGCUGGACAUGUAUAAAUCAGCCCCCAAGGAGCAGCGGGACAAGGUGCAGCUCAUGGCCGCCGAGAAGAAGACGAAGGCCGAGGUGGAGGAGCUGCGAGGGCGGGUGCGGGAGCUGGAGGAGAAGGAGAAGAAGGAGAGCAAGAAGAUGGCCGAUGAGGAUGCCCUGCGCAAGAUCAAGCUGGCAGAGGAGCAGAUUGAGCACCUGCAGAAGAAACUGGCUGCUACCAAGCAGGAGGAGGAGGCCCUGCUGUCGGAGAUGGAUGUGACGGGCCAGGCCUUCGAGGACAUGCAGGAGCAGAACAUGCGCCUCAUGCAGCAGCUGCGUGAGAAGGACGAUGCCAACUUCAAGCUGAUGUCAGAGCGGAUCAAGUCCAACCAGAUCCACAAGCUGCUGCGCGAGGAGAAGGACGAGCUGGCAGAUCAGGUGCUGGCUCUCAAGUCACAGGUGGACGCCCAGCUGCUGGUGGUGCAGAAGCUGGAGGAGAAGGAGCGGGUGCUGCAGGGGAACCUGGGCACGGUGGAGAAGGAGCUGACCCUGCGUAGCCAGGCCCUCGAGCUCAACAAGAGGAAGGCGGUGGAAGCGGCCCAGCUGGCCGAGGACCUGAAGGUGCAGCAGGAGCACGUGCAGUGCAAGCUGAAGGAGAUCCAGGCCUGCAUGGCCGAGAACCGCGCUGCCAAGGAGAAGGAGUCCUUCAACCUCAAGAGGGCCCAGGUAGGGGGCGGGGGCUUGUGGGGCAUACUGGGGGGAGAGGCAGGGGAGGGCCCAGGCCCUCUUGCUGACUGGAUCUUCCCUGCACUCCAGGAGGACAUUUCCCGGCUGCGGCGCAAGCUGGAGAAGCAGAAGAAGGUGGAGGUGUACGCCGACGCUGACGAGAUACUGCAGGAGGAGAUCAAAGAGUACAAGGCCAAGCUGACCUGUCCCUGCUGCAACACACGCAAGAAGGACGCGGUGCUCACCAAGUGCUUCCACGUCUUCUGCUUUGACUGCGUCAAGACGCGCUACGACACCCGGCAGCGCAAGUGCCCCAAGUGCAAUGCUGCCUUCGGCGCCAACGACUUCCACCGAAUUUACAUCAGCUGAGCGCCUGCAGUCCCUCUUCCCAUCCCCUAGCCCAACGUUCCACAGAUCCACCCCCUCCAGGAUCCACGCGGCGGUCCCCUCCCUCCUGCCCUCUGCAAUCCGCUCAGCAGGUGCUGCCAGGAUUCCCUUGACCCAUCCCUGAGGAUCCCACCCAAAUGAUGCCCGAUCCCCUGAGGAUCUGCUCCUCACAGCUCUCUGGAUCCUCCCCCAGGCUCUGCUCUGUGCUCACUCUGUGGGUUCUGCCAGGGUCUGCUCCCCUGGGGCUGGUCUCCUCCCUCUGAUAUUUGAACCCCGGUGAGAGCCCUGUUGUGCCGAGAGGAUGCCCUUGGGGGUGAAGGGCCGCAGGGCAGCAGCUGACUGUGUGUGGGGCGGGGAUGGGGACUGUUCAUUCUAUUUGGAUUUUAUUUUAUUUUUAAAUACUAUGUUUGGUUAUGUGGGAAAUAAAAAUUGGAGAGUCCCACUGGGGCCAGAUCCUCCA